CAGAGUGUUCCGGAGACCAAAGAGGGCUGCACCAAAGACCCCACGAGAUGACUAUGGCGGUGCUAGUGUCUUCCUUCUCCCGCUUCCGGAGGGCUUCAGCUGCUCGGCUGCCUUUUGUCCCUGCCGGGCUGCGUAGGAGCUACAGCCAGGAUGGUUCCGACCCGCAGUUCUUGCACCGCAGCCUCGUCCCCACCAUGCAUUAUCAGAAGAGCUUGCCGCGUUUGCCUAUCCCCAAACUGGAAGACUCGAUUGGAAGAUACCUGAAUGCUCAAAAGCCUCUCUUAGAUGAUGAUCAGUUCAGGAAAACAGAACAACUUGCUGUCAACUUUAAGAAUGGAAUUGGUAGAGAAUUACAUGAACAGUUGGUUGUGCAAGAUAAGCAAAAUAAACAUACUAGUUAUAUUUCAGGUCCCUGGUUUGACAUGUACCUAAAGGCUCGUGAAUCAGUUGUUCUGAAUUACAAUCCAUUUAUGGCUUUCAGCCCUGAUCCCAAAGCUGAAUUUAAUGACCAGCUCAUAAGGGCAACUAACAUGACUGUUUCUGCUUUGCGUUUCUUGAAGACACUCAGGGCUGGCUUUUUGGAGCCUGAAGUUUUUCACCUCAACCCUUCCAGAAGUGAUACUCAAGCUUUCAAAAGAUUUAUUCGGUUUGUGCCUUCCUCUCUUUCCUGGUUUGGUGCCUACAUGGUCAAUGCCUACCCUCUAGACAUGUCACAGUACUUCAGGCUUUUCAAUUCGACACGAUUGCCUAAGCGCAACAGGGAUGAACUUUUUACAGAUGAAAAGGAAAGGCACUUAUUAGUGCUUAGAAAUGGAAACUUUUACACAUUUGAUGUGAUUGAUAAAGAUGGGAAUAUAGUGGAGCCUUUGGAAAUUCAAGCACACCUAAAAUACAUCCUUUCUGACAUCAGCUCAGUUCCCACAUUCCCUCUUGCUUGUCUGACAACUGAAAACCGAGAUACAUGGGCAUCACUAAGGCAAGAGCUGCUUGAUAAUGGCAAUGAGCAAGCCUUAAGGAAAGUGGAUUCAGCAAUAUUCUGCUUGUGCUUUGAUGAUUCUCCAAUUGAAGACCUCAUCCAAUUGUCCCAUACCAUGCUUCAUGGGAAUGGCAUCAACAGAUGGUAUGACAAGUCAUUUAAUCUUAUUUUAACCAAAGAUGGCACUGCAGCAGUUCAUUUUGAGCAUUCGUGGGGAGACGGAGUAGCCAUGCUGAGAUUCCAAAAUGAAGUCUUUAAAGACACCACCCAGUUGCCUGCUGUCACACCCAAGUCACAGCCUGCUGCAGUUGAUUCUUCCAUGGCUGUUCAAAAACUGACAUUUAAACUGAAUGAUACUUUAAAAGAAGGAAUUAGCAAAGCUAAACAAACCUUUGAUGCUACUGUGAAAACACUGACACUGGAAAUGCUUCAAUUCAAGAGAGGGGGUAAGGAGUUCUUAAAGAAGCAGAAUUUGAGUCCUGAUGCCAUAGUUCAGCUGGCAUUCCAGAUGGCAUUUCUGCAGCAGUAUGGCCAGACUGUGGCUACCUAUGAGUCUUGCAGCACAGCAGCAUUCAGACAUGGCCGUACUGAAACCAUCCGGCCUGCUUCAGUUUACACAAAGGCAUGUUCAGAGGCUUUUGUCAAGGAGCCAUUCAAGCACAGUGCAGCAGAACUACGACAAAUGAUUGCAGAGUGCUCUAAGUAUCACAGCCAGCUCACCAAAGACGCCGCUAUGGGUAAGGGAUUUGAUCGACAUCUGUUUGGCUUGCGGCAUUUGGCAGAAUCCAUUGGAAUUCCCUUGCCAGAGUUUUACCAAGACCAUGCUUAUGCACAGAUUAAUCAUAACAUUCUCUCCACCAGCACUUUGAGCAGCCCAGCUGUGACCAUAGGUGGGUUUGCACCAGUUGUGCCUGAUGGUUUUGGGGUAGGGUAUGGAGUACGUGAUGACUGGAUUGGAUGCAAUGUUUCUACCUAUCCAGCUAGGAAUGUGCAUGAAUUUCUUCAGUGCGUGCACAAGUCACUGGAUGAUAUUUUUAAUGUUUUGGAAGGUAAAUAAGGGUUGGUCUGUUUGAAGAAGCAGAACCCCAGGACUAUUGUCAACUGAUAGAAUGCUUUUAGGAUUCUGACUGCAGUUUCAGCAGCCCACCUACUGCCUUGUAGUUCUUUUGAAAAAAUGCUAGCUACUUAGAGGAGAAAAAAAUCAUGAAUUUAGUAUUGUACAUACUUUUGAUUGUAAAAUAAUGUUGCCUUUAUACUGUGAUUUCAGAUCCUGUGCUGCACUGCUCUCAGUAUAGUGGGUCCAGCUCCAUAAAUUAUUAGUUACAUAUUGAGAAACAUACUCUGUUGUUCAGCUGUCAAAUUCAGUAGAGAACCGUAUUAUUGCACAAAAAAACCUGAACAAUACUGUUUUCCUAAUUGGUAUCUCUACUUAUUAACUAUGGCAUACAAAGAAAGUUGUCAGACUUAGUCCUGUUUCAUGUCAGCUCUCUUCUCUCUCCCCCUACUCCCCCGCUGUAUUCCAUUUAACCACUUCUAGUACCUUUGUAGCAUCUACAAACAGGUGGAAUAAUGUUUGUUUUGAAAGCACUGUUUCCAGCUACUACACUUUGAUUACAUAGCUGAUGUGUGCUAAGAAGCACCUGGUAAAUUUUUGUUAUAGGUUAGUCUAGAAGCUGCUGACUUUAGCCCAUACUGAAGACAGUUCUUUAAUAUCCAGCAUAAAUAUACUGCAGAAAUAAAUCCAUCUCCAUACAGAACCUGUACUGAACUCUUACUUUGAAUCUAAUAACAAAAUAUUUUUAUUAACAAUGAAAUAGCUAACAUUUAUUGAAAGCUCAGUUAUUAAGACUAGCAGCUUGGGAAGGACACAAGUACUAAAAUAUCUAGAUUAAAAGCAUCAGUUCAAAUAUAUAACCUUUACCAGAAUGAAAUGCUUGUACUUAAAACUGCCUUAUUUUUCUUGUUUUGUUAAGUGGAAUAGCAGUCUAAAUGUGCCUUUGUUGGAAACCCCUUGGGUUCCGUUCAACAGAAACUGAAGUGUGAACAAUCUGCAACUUUGCUUUACAUAUUCACUAAUCAUGGAAUUGACUGUAAUAAACAACAGCUUCUAAAACA